CUGCAGCGGCCCGCCCGCCGGCCCCGGUUUGUGGAGGCACCAAGGAUCGGACACGGAGGCUUAAACACCAACGUCACUCAGAAGCGAACGCCUCCAGUUCGUCGACCGCGUGUUUCGGCUAUGGCGUUCUCAACGGCUCCUGGAAUGUCUGUCAUCUCUUUCCGCAAAGAGGCAGGAGUUCAACACCGAUGUCGGAUUUGUCCAAAGACGUUCAAGCGGAGCGAGCAUCGCAAUCGCCAUGAGCGAGGCCGUUGGGUUGUCCUCUCUAAAAAGUCUGGAGUUUCGGCUAAAGACAAGUAG